CCGGCCCCCGGUCAGAGAGAAGGAGAGAGAGAGUGAGGAAGUGAGGGAGUGUUUUAAAGCCGGCAGGAGGCAUGAUGUCCUACAUUAAGCAACCCCAUUACGCCGUGAACGGGUUAACGCUGUCCGGCCCGGGCAUGGAUCUGCUCCACUCCGCCGUUGGAUAUCCCAACACCCCUCGUAAACAGCGUCGGGAGCGCACCACCUUCACGCGCGCUCAGCUGGACAUCUUGGAGGCUCUGUUUGCCAAAACCCGGUACCCAGACAUUUUCAUGCGGGAGGAGGUGGCCCUGAAGAUCAACCUGCCCGAGUCCAGAGUGCAGGUCUGGUUCAAGAACCGCCGUGCCAAGUGCCGCCAGCAGCAGCAGCAGAGCACGGGCCAGUCCAAGCCACGGCCCCCUAAGAAGAAGGCGUCCCCUGCCCGUGAGGCCAACGCCGAGGCCAGUGCCAACGCCACCAAUGGACCCUACAGCCCCCAACCCCCUCCUCCCGGCACCGCCAUCACCCCCAGCUCGAGCUCGGCUAGUGCCACGGUGUCCAUCUGGAGCCCUGCCUCCAUCUCUCCGCUGCCAGACCCCCUGUCUGCCUCCACCACCCCCUGCAUGCAGCGCACCACCGCCUACCCCAUGACCUACACCCAGGCUCCCGCCUACAGCCAGAGCUACGCGGGGACCUCCUCCUACUUCACAGGCUUGGACUGCAGCUCCUACCUGUCCCCCAUGCACCCUCAGCUGUCGGGCACCGGAGGAGCCCUGAGCCCCAUCACGGCCUCCUCAAUGGGUGGGCCCCUCAGCCAGUCCCCGGCCUCCCUCACCUCGCAGGGCUACACUGCUGCCUCCUUGGGUUUUGGAGCUGUCGACUGUCUAGACUACAAGGACCAAGCUGCCUGGAAGCUCAAUUUCAAUGCCACUGACUGUCUGGACUACAAGGACCAGAACUCCUGGAAGUUCCAGGUCUUGUAA